CCCCACGCGAGCGAGAGGCGCCCUCGAGUCUCCUCAUUGAUCCUGUCGUUGCUCUGCUGAAUUCCAGUUUCUGUAGAGAGAGAGAGAGAGAGAGAGAUGGCGGAGCAUUUGGCGUCGAUCUUCGGGACGGAGAAGGACCGCGUGAACUGCCCCUUCUACUUCAAGAUCGGAGCGUGCAGGCAUGGCGAUCGCUGCUCGAGGCUCCACACCAAGCCCAGCAUCAGCCCCACCCUCUUGCUCUCCAACAUGUACCAGCGCCCCGACAUGAUCACCCCCGGCGUCGACGCCCAGGGCCAGCCCAUCGACCCCCGCGAAAUCCAGGAGCAUUUCGAGGACUUUUACGAAGAUCUGUUUGAAGAGCUGAACAAGUAUGGAGAGCUUGAGAGCCUUAAUGUCUGCGAUAACCUCUCUGACCACAUGGUGGGCAAUGUCUAUGUUCAGUUUAGGGAGGAAGAACAGGCGGAAAGGGCCCUUCAGAGCCUGAGUGGAAGAUAUUAUGCAGGCCGUCCCAUUAUUGUUGAUUACUCUCCGGUGACCGACUUCCGAGAAGCCACCUGUAGGCAAUACGAAGAAGACAAGUGCAACCGUGGUGGAUACUGCAAUUUUAUGCAUUUGAAGAGUAUUAGCAGGGAGUUGAAGCAGCAAUUGUUUGGGAGGUAUCGGCGGAGGCAUAGUCAGAGCCGGAGCCGGAGCCCCUAUCGCCACUGUAGCUACGAAGAGCACUCUCAUGGAGGAAGGGCAUAUGGGAGGAGAUAUGAUGAGUAUGACUAUCAUGAUAGCAGGAGCAGGAGGCACUGGAGCACAAGUCCUGGCCACCGGAGAGGGAGAAGUAGGAGCCCACAAGGAAGGAGGAAUGCCAGUCCAAUUAGGGAAGGUAGUGAGGAGAGGCGUGCCAAAAUUGAACAAUGGAACAGGGAAAGGGAACAGCAAGAAAAUGCUAAAGUGGCCAACUCUAACAGUAACAGCAACGGCAAUCUUGAAAGUGCUAUUAAUCAGCAUGUGAAAAAUGGGGAUUUGUGUGCAUAUCAAAAGCAGCAGCAGCCGCCUUCUCAGGAUGGAGUAUAUGGAUAUUGAUUGAAUUCUGAGUUAAUGGUUUGUUUCUUUCUCCUUUUCAUUUCGAUUUCAUAGCCAUUUAGCAGCUAGCUUAUGAAAGUUUCCCAUUAAGUGAAGGCAUUCUUUUAAUAAGUGAAUCUUACCGCACAUUUUCCACUGUGCAGGUGCUGUGCAGGUUCAUUGUUCUGUGAUGUGGUAGUAAAUUUUGUUUACCUCAAAGCAUCUUCAUCAUGAUUAUAGGAUGAUUGAUUUCGUGCGUGAUUUGCAUCUAUGCCACCUUCCUUUUUUCCUUCUACCUAUUUGCCAAUACUGAACUCGACCCAUCUGCCUCCACAAUUUUUUCCUGCAAAGUCCUGCUUUAUUUCUUGGGUAACUCUGUCAUUCUUUCAUGACAUAGUGAGUCUUCUAAGUCCUACUUAAUUUUUGGGUAACUCUGCCAUUCUUUUAUGGCAUAGUAGGGCAUUCUCUAAUCAAUUUCUAUUUGUCAUCUCCAAUCAAUUUCUAUCCAUAAAAAUGGAAGGAUAGUUUUAAAUUAUCUAUGACAGUGCACGU